UUUGCAAUCAGCUCAGUUGCCAGCAGAAAAGACUCUUUGUAAAAAAAAGCACAGCGCAAGACACAGGAGGAAUACCUGAGCCCUCAGAAAGAAGAGACAUGAAUUUAAAUGACUUCGUGGUGCUUCCUAACAACAAGGCCAAAUCCGUCAAGCUCAAUGCCAGGAACCUGCAAGAACUACAGAUGGAGACGGUGACUCUGGCGCAGGAGAGCAAAGAGAUGGAGGAAAAACUGCAACAGCUGAAAGAGAGCAUGAGUAAAGAGAAGGAGGAGAGAGGGCAUUCUGGAGGGUUUAGAUGGAAGUCUGGGCAAUGUGGUUCUUUAAACAUCAAUGCUCUCACAACCGGCGCCAAGAAGAGCAAGGAGAACCGACUCCAAAAGCUGUCGGCAGGCAAGGUGAAGAUCCGAGUGCUGAAGGAUGAACCACUGACAGCUCCUCGUCGGCCAACACCUCCACCUCCACCUCCACCUCCAUCUCCGCCUCCUACCACCGGUCUUCGGACGACAAGAAAAAGCAGGCUGAGGGGAACGUACUGUGGACAAUGUGAAAUCAAGACGGCAGGAGUAAUGUGUCCUGAAUGCACAGAGAACUACUGCAUUGGCUGUUUUACCACAUUCCACCAGAAGGGGGCACUGAAGCUCCACAACAUGAUCCCCAUUCAGACAGACUUACAGACCCACGUGAGCACUCGAGAUGUUGUCAGGUGCUUCCAGAACCAGAUUAACCCCAGCUCCCAUCCCAGUGCCUUCACCACUCCUAAUCCCAGUCCCAAUCCCAAUCGGACUCCCACUUUCACAUCCAAUGCAAUUACCGGAGAAGGAGAUCAGAGGCCAGAGAAAGGACCCGAGGCUGCGGCAAAAUCUAUGCAACUUCCCCCUGAUCCCAGCCGGGUGUCGGCUGUGCAUCACAGAGAACUUCUUAGAGGAGAGUACAAUGAGGAGGAGUCUACGAGAUCAUUCCAGGAAGCUCUCAGACAGUGGAGAGGAGAGAAGAGUGAAGGAGCCGGAGAUCCCAUGAGUGAGGAUGCAAUGUGGACACCUACCAGACCAGUAUCAGUGUCAGCUAUGGCGACCCAGGCUGACCUCGCUCCAGUCAGAGGAGCUGAAGGACGAGGAGGGGGAGAAGGGAGCGUACCUGUCAGGGUGGAGUUCACAGAACACAGCCUUACCUACAUGGACAGAUUGCUUCUCAAGAAGCACCGCAGGAUGCCAAUCGAAACUUAUCGUCCAUCGUUGGCCUUUGGUACGGAUUUAAAAUCACCACCUAAAACAAAUACUGGGGAGGAGACUGCAAGCCUAACAGCUCAGGAGGAGGAUUUUCUUCGCUACUGUGCAUCAUUGUUUGCUGUCCCUGUCAGCAGCGGCAGGACUGAGCCUCAGAUUACUAAACCUGAAUCGUGCCUGGUCAUAGAAGUUCUGGAUGAGAGAGACAUACAUGGAGCGUUUGCUUCUGAACAGAGGACAGACGACAACAGAGAGGUUCCCUCUGCUCAGCAGACCCUCAGUUAUGCAACACUGGAGCCCCAAACAGCCGUUACCAGUGGGGGGUCCGUAAGAGUCAGCUGCUCUUCUCCCAGUCCAGCACCACCCAAACCAGCUCAGAAGCUCCAUCUAUCCAAGACUCGGACUUCAAAAUCAUUGUCCUCCAAAAGUAAGCCAUCAGCAUGCCCCACUGAUGAGACUCCGAAGACUUCAAGGACAUCCAUCAAGACACCAACCUCCACGUCACAAAAGCCCAAUUGCCCCCCCAAUGUCUAUAACUCAAAACCUGACUAUGGAUCAAUACAACAUGUGUCCUCUCCCUCAUCAGCACAUUCCCAAAGAGAGAUUCCUAAAUCUUCACCCUCGCCUGUCUCGUUUCCGCCUGAUGUUUCUCCUUUUACUAGAACCAGAUCUCCAAUCCCAGAAGAGCAUCUCUCCCCUUCUCCAUCCAUGUCCUCCUCCCUCAGAUCUACGUUCACAGUCUCACCGUCAAGCUCCACUGAAUCAACCUUAUUGCCCAACAUUUACCAAUCUACGCUAUUACAGAAAGGCUCAGACCUGUCUCUGUUACCAGAGCCGCCCCAAUCAUCCCAGUUAUUCCCACAACCAAUCUCAUCACUGGAGAUUUCCCAAUUGCCCCCAAGGCAAUCCCAACAAUCGUGCUGUGACCCAGAGUCUCUGCUAUCAGACAAUCAGCUCCAGCUGCCUCGGUCACCUGCGUUGUCUUCCAGUCCAACCCCCCCACCAAAAUAUGUGACACCAAGUCCACCUGUAAAGAAACUAUCCAGUGUGUCUGUAUUUAACGAGUCCCCUCUACAUGCAUAUUGUAGUCAUGAGUCAACUUUAACAGAGGAUUCUUCAGUUUGUAUGUCCUCCACCGACAUCUCUGGUGACCACGAGUCCACUCAGGAUACGCGGUGUAUCCCGCCACUUCCAUCGCAUUUCUCACAUGGCAUCCAGAAUCCUCCUUUAGAUGUAGGAAUGGAGGAGGAAGAGGAGGAAGAGGAGCUAUCGAUAGACAGCGGGGAUGAAAUGUCCAGCGACAGCCUGGGUCUGGCUCCGCACGAGGAAGACUCUUCAGACGAAGAAGCACAGACGCACGCACGUUUAACGAGCGGGAGAUCCGGAGAAGAAAAGCGAUGGAAUCCUGCCUCAUCUCAGACCGAAGAUCUCUUUGUUCCUGAAGAUGCAGACAGAGAAGAAGAGUUGCAGACGGAUGAGCGAGAACAGCCGUCAGAUCCAUCCACGGUGAUGCGCCACCAGAGUGCUGGGUCUCCAUCAGAGCGGUUCUGUGAUCCGGAAGGGUUUCCGCCUCAGGGUUUGGACAGGACUUCUGGUCUCUCCGACACACAAGAACACACACGUUGUGACCCCCCGCUGCACACAUGCCGAGCUCCCCCGCGUGAUUCAGAGCCAACAGGGUCAGAGGGUUAUGGACCCAGCCGCAGCCUCAGUACCUACACUAAGGAACAUCUGGAUUCUGGACUGAUAAAGGACAACCACACGCAGCCAACUGGAAUUCAAAUUCACUUAACCAGACCCACCAGGAGAGAAGAAAUAUCAGCAAAUGAACUAGGAACAUCUGUGUGCCGCUCCAGUGUGUCUGACAGCACAGUGAAGAGGGCUUCUCGCCGAAACAUCUGUGCUUUGGCUCCCGUGUGCCGUUAA